ACCAGAGGGCCCCGAGCGGCGGCUGCGGAGCUCCGGAGCCCGAGCUGGGUGAAGGCUGCUGGGGUCCCGGCGGCGGCGGCGGCGGCGGCGGCAGCGGGAGAAGAUGGUGGCGCUGGAGGUAGGAGCGGCCGGAGCGGAGCUUUCAUCCCAGGCUGGGCACCAACGCUGUCAUUAGCGCCGCCUGCUCCCGCGGGCCCGCGGACCCAGCUGUCAGGCAAGCCAGGUGGAGCAAAAUGAUAGCACAGUGAGCCAGCUGAGCCCUUCUCCAGCCUUCCCUGACGCCCACCAUGAACCACUUGGAGGGGUCCGCGGAGGUGGAGGUGACGGACGAGGCAGCGGGCGGGGAGGUGAAUGAGUCCGUGGAGGCCGACCUGGAGCACCCCGAAGUAGAGGAGGAGCAGCCGCAGCCACAGCUCCCGCACUAUGCAGGCGGCCCCCCGCGCGGGCACGCCCAGGAGGACCUCCGGGGUGCGCAGUCACGGCAGCAGGAGGAGGAGGAACGCGGGGAGUGCCUGGCACGCUCCGCCAGCACCGAGAGCGGCUUCCACAAUCACACGGACACCGCCGAGGGCGACGUGAUAGCCGCGGCCCGCGACGGCUACGAUGCAGAACGCGCCCAGGACCCGGAGGACGAGAGCGCCUACGCCGUUCAGUACCGGCCCGAGGCCGAGGAGUACACGGAGCAGGCGGAGGCCGAGCACGCCGAGGCCACUCAGCGCCGCGCGCUGCCCAACCACCUGCAUUUCCACUCGCUGGAGCACGAGGAGGCCAUGAACGCGGCCUACUCAGGCUACGUCUACACGCACCGGCUCUUCCACCGCGGCGAGGAUGAGCCCUACGCGGAGCCCUAUGCCGACUACGGGGGCCUCCAGGAGCACGUGUAUGAAGAGAUCGGGGAUGCGCCGGAGCUGGAGGCACGCGACGGACUGCGCAUGUAUGAGCAGGAGCGCGACGAGGCGGCAGCCUACCGCCAAGAGGCCCUGGGCGCUCGGCUGCACCACUAUGACGAGCGCUCGGAUGGCGAGUCUGACAGUCCGGAGAAGGAGGCGGAGUUCGCACCCUACCCGCGCAUGGACAGCUACGAGCAGGAGGAGGACAUCGACCAGAUCGUAGCUGAGGUUAAACAGAGCAUGAGCUCGCAGAGCCUAGACAAGGCAGCAGAGGACAUGCCCGAAGCCGAGCAGGACCUGGAGCGUGCCCCCACCCCAAGUGGGGUCCGGCCUGAGAGCCCUGGACCACAGGCCCCUGCAGGGCAGCAGCAGCGGGCAGUGGGCACCGCGGGCGGGGAGGCGGUGCAGCGGUAUAGCAAGGAGAAGAGGGAUGCUAUCUCGCUGGCCAUCAAGGAUAUCAAGGAGGCCAUCGAGGAGGUGAAAACCAGGACCAUCCGUUCGCCUUACACCCCCGACGACCCCAAAGAGCCCAUCUGGGUCAUGCGCCAGGACAUUAGUCCCACCAGGGAUGGUGACGACCGGCGGCCAGUGGAUGGAGAUUCUCCAUCUCCUGGAAGCUCCUCACCCCUGGGCGCAGAGUCUUCAAGCACACCCCUCCAUCCUAGCGACCCUGCAGAGGCCUCCACAAAUAAAGAGUCAAGAAAAAGCUUGGCUUCAUUCCCAACCUAUGUUGAAGUUCCUGGACCUUGUGACCCUGAAGACUUGAUCGAUGGAAUCAUUUUUGCUGCCAAUUACCUUGGCUCCACCCAGCUGCUCUCGGACAAAACCCCCUCCAAAAACGUGCGCAUGAUGCAAGCCCAGGAGGCGGUGAGCAGGAUCAAGAUGGCCCAGAAAUUAGCCAAAAGCAGAAAGAAGGCUCCCGAAGGUGAAUCUCAGCCGAUGACUGAGGUGGAUCUCUUCAUUUCUACCCAGAGAAUCAAAGUAUUGAAUGCCGACACGCAGGAGACCAUGAUGGACCACCCUCUGAGGACCAUCUCCUACAUCGCAGACAUCGGGAAUAUCGUAGUGCUGAUGGCCCGCAGGCGAAUGCCCCGCUCCAACUCCCAGGAGAACGUGGAAGCCUCCCACCCAUCCCAGGAUGGAAAAAGGCAGUACAAGAUGAUCUGCCAUGUCUUCGAGUCCGAGGAUGCACAGCUGAUUGCGCAGUCCAUCGGGCAGGCCUUCAGCGUGGCAUACCAGGAGUUCCUCAGGGCCAACGGGAUCAACCCCGAAGACCUCAGCCAGAAGGAGUACAGUGACCUGCUCAAUACCCAGGACAUGUACAACGACGAUUUGAUCCAUUUCUCCAAGUCAGAAAACUGCAAAGAUGUCUUUAUAGAGAAGCAGAAAGGUGAAAUCCUUGGUGUGGUGAUUGUGGAGUCUGGUUGGGGAUCAAUCUUGCCAACCGUAAUCAUAGCCAACAUGAUGCAUGGAGGGCCUGCAGAGAAAUCAGGGAAGCUGAACAUCGGGGACCAAAUCAUGUCCAUCAAUGGCACCAGCCUGGUGGGUCUGCCUCUGUCCACCUGCCAGAGCAUUAUUAAGGGCUUGAAGAACCAGUCCCGGGUAAAGCUGAACAUCGUGCGGUGUCCUCCAGUCACCACUGUGUUGAUCAGGAGACCAGACCUUCGCUACCAGCUCGGUUUCAGUGUCCAGAAUGGAAUUAUCUGCAGCCUCAUGCGAGGAGGGAUAGCCGAGAGAGGGGGCGUCCGCGUGGGGCAUCGGAUCAUAGAAAUCAACGGGCAGAGCGUGGUCGCCACCCCCCAUGAGAAGAUCGUGCACAUCCUCUCCAACGCUGUGGGGGAGAUCCACAUGAAGACCAUGCCGGCUGCCAUGUACAGGCUGCUGACGGCCCAGGAGCAGCCCGUCUACAUGUGAGGCCCCUCCCCUCCCGGCGGCUUGCAUGGAGGACUCUCCUCACUCGUGGUUGUGUUUCUUGUGCUGCAUCUGUGUGCCCACUGAGACAUUCCCUCUCGUGCCCAGCACUUGGUUUUAAACCGGAAGAAAAGAAUCUGCUCUCUGUCUCUUUCCAGUUUUGCGUUUUGUUUUUUUCCCAUACCAGGGAAGUUUUGGAUGCACUCCCUCGAGGGUGGCAUGGCGAGCAUAAACACCCACCUUGUUUCCACCCAGGACCCUCCAGCAGGGACCCAGGGUCCUGAGGAGGGUUGUCGCUGCCCGGACAACCUGGCAGGAGGAGCAGACCUCUUGGAAGGGGGCGAUUCAGCAGUGCCUAAGCCCGAUCGCUGAUCCCCCUGCCCUCCUCCAUCAACUCAGAGGCAUCUGCUAGUGAUGUAGGGCCUGGCCAGCCCACCAUGUUGUCGGGGUGCCAUACAUUAUUUCCAUCCAGAAUUCUGAGCCAACUUCAUGCCUCUUCUGUAGCUAGUUUUACUUUCAGCACAUGUGUUUACUAAUAUGAGCUUUCUCACCCAAGGACUGAAAGGGAACUGCCUUGGGCAUAGACAUCAUGGCAGUGCAAGAGCUGGGCAAUUCCUGGGGCAGCCACAGCUUCCUUUGGUUGUUAGGUUCCCAAAUGAGAGAGAAACACUGGCAGGAGCUCUGCCCUCUGCACCACACACACGCACUCACAAUCUCACUGGCUUGUUGCCUUUCCAUUCUCACCACCAAGACAUAGGGUCCCUGGAGAGCCCACUCACCUCUCUGGGAAGCCCUGUCCUCAGACAGACACCCUCCGCAGCCGAGGGGCCCUGCCAGCAUCACCUUGGAUCAGCGCUCUAGUGGACUCCCCUCAAGCACCCACCUCGCCCACGGUCUGGGAAGGACGGACUGCCCCCUGCGGCAAGGAUCUGGUAGGCCAUGCUGUGCUUCCUGGCCCCAGGCCGGACCUGCUUUCUCCUCUGCUCAGGGCCACUAGGCAGGAUGAGCCGUGUGAAAGACCAGAAUAGUACAGAAACCACAGGGGACUAUAACCACCUCAAGCCAUGCCUGAAAAUCUCCGGUGUGUUCCAGAAACGACAUCCUGCCUGUGGGUCUGAGUUUUCUAUUCAUGUGGAAUGUUUUGUGUUUUCUCAUCAGGCGCCUCAUUCAUGGUUCCAUCUCAGUUCAGUGCAGAGGUUUUAGUCAUAUUAUUCUGAGCCAGUUUUUACUUUUUCUUGGUCCAAAGAGCAUUUUGUUUUCCUAUGAGUGGGGUGUAGCUUGCUUUGGAUUUUGUUUUGUUUUGUUCAUGACAUCAGUAGAGACAGGGAAGAGAAGCAAAUAUAUUUUGCCCUAUUAAUAUAGCCCUGUCUCUGCCCCUGGAUAUUUAUGUUGUGUCUAUGGAGCUAGAAAUGCAGUGAGCAUACAUUGUCGGGUAGAUUGUAUUUACACACGGCCUGGAGAGAUUUCAGGGAGGGAGAAGAAUGAGUGUGAAAGGACGAGGAAUAAGACUUCCCUCAGCUGUGCAGUCCGUUCCCCUGGGUCGCUAAGCAAGAAACUUUCGCAUUUUCCACUCAGUUAGAAAAGCCUAGUGUUUCAAGGGCAUCAGCAGCAGAUGGGUCAGGGUAGCUGGGCAUAAGCCCUGGUAGAGGCUACCCCAAAGUCUUCUCUGGGGAGGAGAGUUGCUGCCUCGCCAGGGGCAGGGAGGGUGUUUCAGCACCCCCUCAUGUCUUUUGAGAAUACUUAGCUGGAGGCUGCUGCCCCCAAGUUGACCCACCACAGAUGUAAGGAGCCUGGAGCCAUGGCUCCAGCUUCUAAGUUUAUCUUUCCUGAUGCAACCAAAUUGUACAGUGUCUGAUCAUUGAAUAUCAAGGAGUGUACGUUCUUUCCUCUACCAAAAGUACUGUGGGUAGAACAGGAAGGAAAUGUUGUUGCUCAUGGGAAUGCUGGCAUCAGGACCAUGGAAAACCAUGAGGGUUUAUGCCCAGCUGCCCCAGAGUCACCACUGGGUCCCUGGCUAGGGGUUGGGAGCACUCUGCCUGCACGUCCCAAUUAAUUGCCAUUAAACAUCUUUACCCAAAUGGAAGCUGAGAGGGACUAUACUUUCUAUUGCUAAUGCACAACAAUUUUGGGAAAUAUGAGAGGUGCUGAAAAGUCAAUUUGGUCAGCUCUCCUAAAAGACUACAUUUUAGCUUAAGAUGACUUGUCCUCCACGUACCUUUGAGUUAAUGAAAGCAGCUCCUCACCCCUAGAUAGCAUGUGUGGCCGGAACUUGGUACAGAUUGACCCCGCUGAAGUGUAUCAUUUUCCUUUGCUCCCACUGGACGGGGGAGUCGACCCACCUGUGGUUAACCAAGGAGAUAAUAUUCAAUGCUAGUAACUCAGUUCUGGAGAGUCCUGUGGGAAAUGGUGAUCUAGCUCCCGCUGACAACUGGCAUGUAUAGUUCUACAUGUAAACUCUGGUCCCCCACAUAAUGGGGAAGACUCUGUACAGAGCACCCUUCCCUAACAUUGCACAGGCAAAAAAAAAAAAAAAAAAAAAAAAAACCCACUCUUGCUGCAUGGCUAGGACAUGCUGGUGACUCAGCUUUGGGGACAGAUUCCCAGAUUCUUCCACCCCUCCUGGUCCAGCCAGGAUGCACCAGAACCCACCCUGCCUUUGCCUUCUCAAAUGCAAGCACUUCAGGGAGUCACCAUCAGCCUUGGGUUCACAAUAGGAAGAAACCCCCAGAGACCAAUGCCUGGUGUCCACUCUCCUCACCGAGUGGGCCCCUCGGGCCCUGGGGUCCAUCAUGGGGCUCCGGCUCCGGAUCCCCGCAGAUGGCUCUGCUUUCUGAACAUUGUCCGUCAUCACUGGCCUCAGAGUCCCAGAGUAACCUACUACCUCCCCCAUCACUCCUGCCUCCCCCACGGCCCCCUUCUGCACCUAACGCCCCCCCAUCCGCACGCUGACGAAACCCACCCACAGAGCCCUUCUUGGGUCCCUCAACCCAGUGGUGUGGCUGUUACAAUGUUUACAACCAAGGGCCACCUCCUCCUCGACGUGUUUACUCUCCCACUUGCAAGGUCGCUUGUUGGUUUGAGUUUCAUGUCCGUCUGCUCCUUCCCCAACUUGGGCCGACUUGAGCACACGACACUGAUUUCUACGUCCCCCUCCACUGAGGCAGUGAGUUAGGACUGUGGGAAGGAACUUUCAUGUACAUAUUCAGCACAGCCCCUAGAGUAUGAACUUGUACUAUUGUUCUGUAAAGAGAGUGAAAUAAAGCUUAUUGUAAAGCCUUGGGAGAAGUAUAGUAUUGUAUUUGUAAGAAUAGCGUUCUUUGUAUACACAAAACUCAAUGAUCUCUAUAUAUAAAUAUAAAUAUAUAAAUAAAAGAUAUAUCCACGUGAGCCCGGAAUGUUGACGCCACACACCCACUGAAUGUACUUCCUCCCACAGUCUGGUCACCGGGCCACCCUCCCCCGCCGCACCAUGUGGGGGGUUGUGAUGUACGUACUGUGCUAUCUUCCUUUAUUUAACUGAACGCUAAUGUCUGUAAGAGUUGCCGCAACAAUAAAUGAGAACUUCACCUGUUA